UGUGUCACCUGGAUUUGAGGUCCAGGUGCUACUGUAUAUAAAGACACACAGCUAGUUCUGCAAAGGCAAGAGAUGAAGAUGAGAAUUAUGAUGAAGAUUAUUUUUGCACUGGCGCUUCUGGCGCUUUGCCUCCUGUCCACCAUCCAGGCCUGGAGCUGUUCAGACGGGCCCCGGCUCUACCGGGCGUCUCAGAUCGAUGCGGGACUCGGGCAGGUGGUGGCCACAGACCUCUACCGACGAACCUUCUACCUGAGCAGCACCUCCUGGACCAGCCUGCCCUCCGCCAGUCUGCAGCAUGUGACCGUGGGCUCCGCCGGCAUCUGGGGCGUCACCAACUCCUACAGGGUCUACCGGUUCGUGGCCGGCAGAUGGCGCGCUGCCUCCGGUCUCAGCUUGAAGCAGAUCGACGCGGGCGGGGACACGUUCGUCGUCGGGACGACCACCUCCACCCUCACCUACUGCCUGCGCACGUCCAGGGCCGUGACUUUCAACGGCGCCGGCAGCCUCAGCUGGUCUCGUCUGUCAGGCAACAUGGUCUACUACAGCUGUGGAUCUCUAGGCUGCUGGGGGGUCACCAACCGGUACAGAGUUUACUUCACAAGGACUGUGAGCCCGACCACCUGCUCCAACAGCGGAUGGAGCUACAUCAGCGGUGUCUCCAUGAGGAUGAUUGAGGCGGGAAGCGACGGCAAGGUGUUCGGUGUGACCACAGCUGGCCAUAUUUAUGAAAGGACCGGCAUCUCCAGCAGUCGUCCUUACGGGACCAGCUGGACUCGCGUGUCCACGUGCAUCACCGCCAGACACGUGAGCUAUGACCUGGGUAAGCUCUGGGUCGUCACAACCGCCUACAACGUCAUGACCUGCACACCGUAAAACCCAGCAGCAGUCCCACCAAAAGCAGGUGGUUUUUGUUUUGGGUGGGGGAGGUGGUGGUAGUGUUUUUGCAGCUAAUUCAUGAGGUCUACUAGUAAAUUGUUGUGCUUCUUUCAAAAUGCCACAAACAAAAAUCAGACAAUAAACUUCUAUAAAGCGUAAAUGUAUGUGUCAUGGA